AUGGCCGAUGACCAAAAGAUAGUACCUUAUUGUAAGCUUGUGCUGGGGCGUCCUAAAUUAUGCUUUGGUAAGAUUUCAAUCUCAGUAAUAAGUGUUCUCGAAUCAUAUUCAGUUUAUAGAAUAAGCAGUUGGGAAAGUUUAAGCCUAAGAGAAUGAGAAAAGUUAUCGGGCUCAGCAGUUUCAUGAAGACAACCCUGUAUGCCGGUCUUUAUACGAAAUGCGAACAUUAUUCGAUUCAGCUGUCUAUUUUAUAUAUACUGACUAUACUUUGUAAUAACAGAUGAGUAAGAUGUCGAGAAAAACCAUUUCUUCGUUUUCAAAAAUCUCUUUGCCAGAUAAACACGGAAGAUAAAACAUUGUUUGCGAAAAAUCACAAUCUGUCCCACAAAACUUACCGGACAUUUUGCGCAACAAUAUUGCAAUAACAAUAUUUACUUGUGCAGUUUAAAACCGACAUGUUAAGCCCAAGAAGAGUAAAUGUUUGUUAUAAAUUUGAUAAUUUUCCUCUAAGGUUUAUUGCACUUAUUUAAUACUUCAAGGUUUUAUUUUGUCCCACAGCCAUUGCACUUGCUGCCCAUGUAUCGGUUAUUUUACUCACUGCAACUCUUCACAUGUCUGGCUACAACAUUCUCCCGGUGGAUUUUUCUCGAGUUCCGCUGAAUUUGGAAAACGACAAUUCCAAGUUGAGAGCAGAUGCUUGGAAAUUUGCCAGCGAAGAUCCGCGCGUUAAUUUAAAUGCAGCCUCCCUAGGCGUUCAAGGAGAAAGAAAGGCGAGGUAUGACUUGUUGUUACUCGUCUACGAGUUAAAAGAAGGAAAUGUGUUCACCAAAGAAAAUCUUCAGCUGAUUCAGAAAACGGAAGAAGAAUUGUUUUCUAACACAAAUUAUCAGGAAAAGUUAUGUUUGUUGAUGGAAAGCGGCAAAUGUAAAGCACCUACUUCAAUUAUCAGAUUUUUUGAUGGCACAUAUAAAAUGCUUCAUCCUUUACUUAAUGACCCGGAUUUUGAAAAUAUUCCACGAGUUUUGAACGCUGCAAAAGAUAUAAAUCGUACUCGAGUAAUCUUAGACUUUCAUCUCAGCAAGGACGCUGUUAUAACUCCUUCAAUUGCCAAGUCGUCAUACACACGAUCUUUCCUUACGCUCGGGUUCCCAUUUAAAGGUUUCCGAAGUGUUUCAGACAGCCCAGAUGAGCAAUUUAAUUUUUCGCAAGAAUACUCCGGUAGAGCUUUCUCAGAGAAGCUUGCUAAGCUUUACAAAUCAGGAAUUGGAAACUUGAACUUUUAUUAUGAUCUGAGGUCGCUGUUUUUUGAGGCCACUUCUAAACAAGUCAUAGCGGAUCUCUUGCUUGUUUUUGGUAGCUUUGCGUUCAUUUUCAUUUUUAUGCUUUUUCAAACUCAUUCUCUGUGGAUCACCGGCUGGGCAUUGUUCAGCAUAUUUGCAUCCUUUUUUAGCGCCAACAUGAUUUACAGGAUUGUCUUCGAUUUCCGCUAUAUUGGUAUUUUCCAUGUGCUGUCCAUUUUCAUUAUUCUUGGAAUCGGCGCUGAUGAUGUUUUCGUCUUUUAUGACACUUGGCGCUCGUCACAAGAGAAAUCUUUUCCAAACCUGCUUACCAGGUUCUCGGAUGUGUAUCUGCAUGCUGCUGGCGCUAUGUUUAUUACGUCUUUUACAACUAUGGUGGCUUUCCUUUCAAACGUGACCUCUCCGCUGCUAGGCGUUUCAUCAUUCGGUACGUUUUCAGCGCUACUUGUGUUUGUCAACUACUGCUCAGUGAUCUUGUUUUUGCCAACUGUUCUCAUUACGUACGAGUUUUACUGGAAAGACUGGGAAUGGCCGUGCUUCAAAGUGUUCAACGUUUGUGCCAGAAUUCCUAGCGACAACCAGGUUGCUCCAAGCCCCACAAGAGAGAAUGAUGAGAAAACUGACGCUGCACAACACAUCCCCAGGCAGACACCUAACCGCACUCACAAAAUGAUAACAAGGUUCUUUGGAGGGAUUUUCGUCGAUAAAGUAGUUGGUCAUAAAAUUGUUCGCUGGGUCAUCCUGGUCAUUUUUGUAGCAUUUAUAUCCCUGUCUGCAACAUAUGCAGCACAAAUAACCGCUGAUCAGGAGGAGGUACAGUAAUACACACUUUUAUUAUGCACGGAGCUUAAUUCCAGCAGCGAGAAUCCAAAUGUUUAAAAUCCUCUGUUUUCGAAACCUGUAACUCGAACCAGGGGUGUCUUUAUUAUCUCAGAAAAACACUGAAAUUUUUCUCCUGAUUUUCCAAGCUCGCGAUAAGUUAAUCAAAUUUCUAUUUUCGCAAGAACUGGUAAAAACUAUCUGCUAUUUCCACUGAAUAUUCUGACAAAUAGCAGGAAUCAAUCCCCAGUAUAACACGAGCAACUCUUCCCUGACGAGAGGCAACAAUUCUAGACGUCCAAGGAAAACGUUUAAUUCAUAUACGCCCCUUUCUUCCUGUCAAAACCUUCCUUUAAGUUGUAGUAAUUCUCGGCUGUGGUAAUUAAAGUAAUAGUUUGCGUACUUCGCGGCAUAAUUCCCUGCAAUUAUCCAGUGGUCUUCACAGCCUGACGCGUUAAAUUAGAAGGAGACCAUAUGUAAGUACCGUAAUCAUUUUUUGGGAGGAAUGAUGGGCUUUUGACGGGAGAUACUUGAAAAACUGAUGCAGUGAAGAGUUUCUCUCAUAUCUUACAGAUUGAUAUGUGGGGAGAGGGAACCAACUGGCACAGUGUUCAACGUCUUAAUAGAAACCAGUUUAAUCCAAGCUCAGAGGACAAUGUAAUUAACUUGUACAUUGUGUGGGGACUCAAGAACCAAGACCGCAGUGAAUGCCAUUUCACUGACUAUAAAUGCAAAGGAAAGACAGUGUUGGAUAGAAGUUUUGACAUGAAUCCUCCACCCUGUCAGAUAGCUAUGCUGGUAAGAAAUCACUCUUUAACACUCGUCAAGAUCAAUAACUGGCCCAGGCCUUUUUUAUUUGUCAUGACUGAUCGAGAAGGUAACUAAGUAUGGUAUCUAUUUGUUUGUAAAAUUGCAUCGCUCAUCGCUCACCGUACGUCCCCGCUUCAAUCCAUUCGAACCACAGGUAAACCAAUAACACCUUCAUGGACUGGGUUCUUAAGUUUAUUUAUCCGUUGUGGGAGGUAUUAGUAUUUCACGGUUUUUUAUUUCUUUACUGUAACUCGAAAGUUCAUCUUUUUUCCUAAACGGUUACUAUUUAACGGGAGCUCCGUAGCCCAACUUCUGCCUAAAAGCAUAGCAAGAACAGCAAAAAUACAACUCAAAGGAUGACAACUUCUAUUUGAAGAAUAUCUGCUAGACCAAACAUCCCUUUAUAUUCUGAAUUCGUGCAAGAAAAGACAAACCUACCUUGAUCUGUAUAAUUCUUCAGAAUAUACUCAGUCUCACACAAUAAUUGCCAAAUAUCUUAAGGAGAUCAUGCUCCAUCAUUAUCUGUUUUACAGAUUUAAACUUAUAGUGACCAACAUUGAAAUCCGUGGUCAGUUCCCAGCUACCCAGCCCUUUAAUUAACCUGUUUAUGUGUAUGCAAAGAAUAUGCUCGAUGCUCAAAGGACCUUCUAGAUGGUGUAAGAAUCGAUGGGAAGAAUAGUUUCUAUAGUUUCUACUGAAUACUUUUGAAGAUGUUCUUUGCUUUCAUUUAGGAGUUUUGCAAAGAACUGAGAAGUUUGAGCAACGAAAAGCUGGAAGAGUUAAAGGUCAGACGAAACGCAGUAACCAAUGAACCGGACAUAGAAUGUUUUGUGGAGGACAUGAAUACAUUUCUUACAGUGAGUGAGUAAAUUUGUUCAGGAACACUGAGUGAGAAAACAACACCAAGUUGAUUGACGCAAACUGACGGUAUACUAUAGGAGUUGCAUAGAAAUAAGUCAAAUUAAUUUUAAUUAAUCAAGAGUUAAUGACUCUUGACUUUAAGUCAAAUAUGAGUGGCGAUAUACAUUACACAGUGAUCUUUACAACCCGGAAGGGGGACUCCAAUAUAAAAGUGAGGGGGAUGCUCGUCGUCUCGCUUAAGGGUAUAAAUUGCAAACAAUUUAAUUUUUGGGCUCACUUUUGGUGUCUGGGACAGAAAUUCACUGUAUUUGCCCAUUCAAGUAUCGCUUAGGGCUUAUGUAAAGAAAUUAAAAUAAAAACAAGUGACGUCUGUUUUAGUACGGUCUUCUUUAGGGAUCAGUUUAAGCUUGAGCCACACCCAUAUUGGUCUCCCUUAGCGGCUGAAUUUUAAUUUUCCGACGAGCAUUCCUGUCACUUUUAUAUGGGAGUUCUCCCCCCAAGCUUUACAAAUAGUAUUUUUCAAAUAACAAAAUCCCCUGUACUUGAAUUUAUAUGUAAGGUGUUUCUUUCUGUAUGUUUUUGUAUUUCUUUUCUUUUCUUUUUUCUUAUGUAAUUUAAUAACGUCUUUAUUUGAAGUCUUGUCCUGCCUAGAUUAGCAUUAUAGCUAUUUGCAGGACAUAAAGUAUUGUAAACUUUAUAUUUCUUUACAAAUACAUUGUUGUUGUUUGCUUGUUGUUGUUGUUGUUGUUGUUGUUGUUGUUAAUCGACUUACAAUUUGACUUAAGUUGCUGUCGACCUAUGAAACGGAAUAAUUGUUUACCCAUUUUCUGGUAUCCAAAACUACAGUUUGAAAUCAGACCUUUUCAGAGAACAAACUUAUGAACAACUAUAACCGCCUUUGGUCAGAUGAUACAGUUUAACUUCUCCACACACGGCCACCUUGGGGAAAGACGAAAGUGGCUGUUGUAGAGAGGCGUAAACAAGAGUCAACAUAUGAACUGUCUGCCAAAAAAAAGUGGCCGUUUGUUGAGAGGUCGCUGUUAGUGAAGGUCCGACUGAAAACAUGGUAAAACGCACUUUUGUCCAAUGAGGUGCACUAAAAGACAAACAAUUCUACUGAAUUAUAGUAAUGUCAAUGAUAUUGCCGUCAGGUGUUUGAUGCCUUGUAUCAUGUACCGGUGGUAAGUUAUGUAAUACAGUAAGUUUGAUUUCACUGUUCCAUGAUAUGUUACUUUUCAGGAAGAAGCAAAAAAGUCCACAUACCCAAACGGCACAGAUUUUAGCAUCCCUGUUAACAGCCAAAAAAUCAGAACAUUGAUGCAGUACAACCCCACCAUGUACAACUCUUCAAUUCUCUCGCAAGCAUAUUAUCGCUAUUAUGAAGUAGCUCUCGGCUUUUGGCUGACGCACGGAAACACAUCAUACAGUAGUGAUGAUUACUUAACUUACAGUUCGCUUCUUGGUGGAGAGAUUGAUGCCACCUACGAGCUUCAGAAACCCAGUUUUCAAGGUUUUUAAUCUUAAUUUCUUUAACAAGUACAGGUUAGAACCUUUUAUAAUUGAACUACUACCUUUCAAUCGGAAAAAAAAGAGUUGUUACGUUGGCUAUCAAGAAUAGCGUAUGAGCUAGAGAACUACAGUAAUGUUACAUACAUCUUCUCUUGUGGUUAAGGGUGUCAUGUUCAGCGGUAUUUUCUAGUAAGCAUGCGUACAUAUUUUGCUAGGUCUUUUGAGAAAUCAGCCAUGUUGAAGAACUAUAGAAGUUGUUAAUUAAUCCUGCUACAUCGUGGUCUUUAGUAAAGAUUUUCACAAACGGGUGCGGUCCUCGAGUCAUUUUCAAAAUGGAAGUGCAGUAAAAAAAGUCCACGAAAGUAAAAUCCUUUUCAUUACUCUCACAGUUCUACCUAAAAAAGAUGAAGAUCAUAAUCUCUUCUUCCGUUCGUCGCAUUUUUAGUCACACAAUGUUGAUUUCAUCUUCCUUGAAAUCCACCCUAGGAGUUUUUCAGUUAUUGUCGUUAUUACGCGUGAAUUUAAAAGAUCGAGGACUCCCAGGCACUGUUCAGGCUUGGUUUCUGAGAACGAGUACCUGGGUUCCGGCACAAAAUCAAUGGUGCUGUGUUCAAACCUUGCUACCCGAUUUAUAACUGUGUACAUAUAUAAUUAUUUCGCCCUUUUUAGCACUAUUUUGAAACGUGGGUGUAGCAGGAAGUUAUGGGUAUGCAAAGCAGUGGACUGCCUGGGAACUAACAGAAAUCGUGUCCACACGGGGUUGUUCCAGACGCGGCACCUACUUUGGUGCCCUUUAGUGCCCGAGUAUAAGGCCUCGACGUCAUCAGGCUGACGUCAUCGCCUGGGCAACAACAGCGUGCCCGAGUUCUGGGGUGGGUUCUUUAAAAAGGGUGUGUUCACAUUAGUACAUAGCGAGUACCGAACUUGAGCACCUUGUCCGUGUACCAAGUGGGAACGCUGCCUAACACCCUUUCGAUGUAUAGGCGGCAAGUAUGGAAACAACAUCUUGUACGCUGCAGUCAAGAUUCCUACAACACUAACAGGCGGAAACAUAGCAUACGAUAAAGGACUUCCUGUACAUGAUGCCUGGGAGGAGUUUGUGAAGACAAAGGUAAGGCGCCAUCUUUAUACUAUCGGAUGGUCAGUUGCUUGUUAAAGCAUAUAACAAGAAAAAAUAAGUAACGUUAUUGUUAUUUUUUGUUUGUUUCUUCUUAAUGAUAUGAGAAAAAUGGAAACGUCGAAUGACGUUAUUUAUCCUUAACUAAAGCUAUGUUUAUGUACAGCCUGUACGUAUGGCAGAUGCUUAGAGGAGGAAAGGAAACGGUCAAUUAAGUCAUGAGACUGAAACGCUUUUCUUCUUUAUCUCGUGCCUAUCGAGUUCUCCCGAGCUUAAAUUCCUCUUUUCUUAUUUCUUCUUAUUCAAACGCCUACCGCGAACGCUCAACCAAAUAAUACAGUGCAAGUGACAUGCAAUCAAGUCAUUUUUUUUUUCAUACCAUGUAUCAAGUUUGUUCUCUUAUAUAGAAGGGAACUUCAUGACAAUCGUCAAAAUCUUAUCCUUUGUUCACUUCCGUCCGUGCCUACAUAUAUCCUUUUACUGGCCUUAUGUGUAGGAGAUUGGUCCUAAUUGUUUCGUCAUUAAGCCGGCGUUAUUGCAAUUUAACUUGGCGCUGAAAUUUUUACCACCCAUGACUUUUUCAGAUGAGCAGUAUGCCAGCAUCGUGCAACAGUGCUUUUCAGAUCACGCCAGAGUUUAACAAUCCAUGGCACUGGAUUAAAGUGCAGAAGGUUUGUAGAGAUCCUGUUCUCUGCAGCUACUAAGUAUCAAGUUAAGCUUAAGGAAUCCAUGUUCAUAAAAUGGAAGAAACCCGACCUCAACCAGCAGGUGAAACACCUUUGUAGAGAUCCUGUUCUCUGCAGCUACUAAGUAUCACGUUAAGCUUAAGGAAUCCAUGUUCAUAAAAUGGGAGAAAGCCGACCUUCACCAGCAGGUGAAACACAUAAACUUGACUCUCUCUCUCUCUCUUUCCCCCUUUAACUUCACUGAUUUAAACUUUUAAAAAACGCAAUAUUGUCAACACAAUGUAACGAACUUUGUAACAUCGCGCGCGAUUUAAAUACAACGGCGAUUACACGAUAUGUAACAAUGUUGUAAAACUGAAGAUGACGGAUGUACUGUCGAAACAAAUUAAAGUUGUUUUGUUUAUGCGGCUGUUUGUAGAGUCAAUAUUUGGGCUUCUCCUAGAAACUAAGGGUCCGUUUCAUUAGUGAAAAAUAUUCCGAAGGAGAUUGCUCAAUGACAUUUAACCUCCUUUUUUCUAUAUUACACAGAUUCUGGUCCAAAGUGCUGUGAAUGGGAUUGUUAUGGGUCUUUGUUUUGCCGCACCGCUACUCAUAGUUAUGACAACAAACUGGAUUGUAGCAUUAUUGUGCUGCAUGACAAUUUGUCUCAUCACUUUAGGGGUGGUUGGUAUAAUCCCAAUGGCCGGAUGGAAGCUUGGAAUGCUUGAGUCACUCAACCUGACUCUGGUUGUUGGUUUAGCUGUUGAUUACGUCGUACACCUUGCAGAUGGUUACGUUCGUUCCCAGAAGCACUCACGCAAAGACAAGGUGCGCGAGACUCUGGGUCACGUGGGCAUCUCUGUGUUGUCGGGCGCAUGCACAACAGUAGGGGCAUCAAUUUUCAUGCUUUUCGCUAAAAUCGUGUUCUUUUUUCAAUUUGGUGUCUUUAUUUUCUGCACCAUCGGGCUUUCAAUACUUUCUGCGCUGUUUUUCUUUACAACUGUGCUUGCGCUAAUGGGGCCUGAAGGCAACAGAGGCUCUAUCUUGCCGCUAGUGCAAUGGAUCAAGGACAAACUCCGCAACAAGAAACCAACUGAUGUCACUUGCCAGAAAUGUGACGGACGAGGAUUUUAUGCCCCUCACCCUCCCCCAGCAUCGAGCCUUGUUACUUUUGAACAUCCUAUUCCUACAUAG